UCCUAGUGCUCCUCCACUGGAUUUAAAACCCUAGCUCUUACUUUAAAUCAGUGACGAACCCUUCCUUGCGCCGGUUCUGUGCGGCUGUUCGAAAAUGGGUGCGUACAAGUAUGUGUCUGAGCUAUGGAGGAAGAAGCAGUCCGAUGUGAUGAGGUUUGUGCAGAGGGUGAGGUGCUGGGAGUACAGACAGCAGCCCUCAAUUGUCCGUCUCGUCAGGCCUACUCGCCCCGACAAGGCUCGUCGUUUGGGUUACAAGGCCAAACAGGGCUUUGUGGUGUACCGUGUCCGUGUGAGACGUGGUGGACGCAAGAGGCCAGUGCCAAAGGGUAUUGUCUAUGGUAAACCCACAAACCAGGGAGUGACCCAACUCAAGUUCCAGAGGAGCAAGCGUUCUGUUGCUGAGGAGCGUGCCGGAAGGAAACUUGGUGGCCUAAGAGUCGUCAACUCCUACUGGCUCAACGAGGAUUCGACCUACAAGUACUACGAGAUCAUCUUGGUUGACCCGGCACACAACGCUGUGCGUAAUGACCCGAGAAUCAACUGGAUCUGCAACCCGGUUCACAAGCACCGUGAGCUCAGAGGACUUACAUCGGAGGGAAAGAAGAACAGAGGACUGCGCGGAAAGGGUCACAACAACCACAAGAACCGCCCGUCUCGCAGAGCUACAUGGAAGAAGAAUAACUCUCUCUCUCUUCGUCGUUACCGUUGAUUGCCUUUUGCUAUCAUCAUUGUUUCAUGCUGUCCUUUUAUCGUAUGUUUGACUUAUGUUUUUACAAAUUUUGGAGACUAAUACAAUUGCGUUCGGAUUAUGUUUUUAAGCUAAAACACUUUAUAUC